AUGUCAUCUACUCCAAACCCUAAGGCUUUUCCAUUGGCUGAUGCAUCUUUGACUCAGCAAAUUUUGGAUGUUGUCCAACAAGCAGCUAACAUGAGACAAUUGAAGAAAGGUGCUAAUGAAGCUACCAAAACUUUGAAUCGUGGUAUUUCGGAGUUUAUUAUCAUGGCAGCUGACUGUGAACCUAUUGAAAUUUUGUUGCACUUGCCAUUGUUGUGUGAGGACAAGAACGUUGCUUAUGUCUUCGUUCCAUCUAGAGUUGCUUUGGGUAGAGCAUGUGGUGUUUCUAGACCAGUUAUUGCUGCUUCUAUCACCACUAACGAUGCUUCAGCUAUUAAGAACCAAAUCUAUGCUGUUAAGGAUAAGAUUGAGACUUUGUUGAUCUGA